AUGUAUGCGGCAGCGAGGGGCUCAAAUAACAAGGUCAUUUCUGCGCUGAUCAAGCAUGGGGCGAGUAUCGAUAAGCGACGUCCAAACGGAACCAAUGCUCUCCUAAUUGCGUGUGAAAAUGGAUACGAGAGAAUCGUGAACUUGCUCGUGAAAAACGGCGCGUCACUGAAACAGCGAGACGAAGCUGGCAAUACACCGCUAAUCAUUGCAGCUGCGAAUAACCGAGCGAAUGUAGUAGUUUUCCUGGCCAAACGUGGCGUGUCGAUGGAUUUGGCCAAUAAUUACGGAUGGAGUGCGCUGAGGAACGCUGCGAGUGAAGGCCACGCUGAUGUGGUUGCUGUUUUAUUGGAAAAGGGGGCU